AUGAAAAGGUAUCUAUUUACGGCCACGCUACUCGAAGGACCUAUUUGUAAUCCAUCGUGGAAUGAUAUUGAUAUUGACAAUUUAAUUCAAAAUGAUUAUGAAAUUGAUCUUGAUUUAUCUAAUUGUCAAAGUCAUUUAAAAAUGUUCAUUGAUGUUGAUCAAUGCCGUCAUUAUAUUGCUAGUCGACAAAAUGAUUUAAUUCUGUUGAUAACAUCAAAUAGAAAUGGUAGAACAAUUCUUCCAUCUAUUUAUGAUAGAAUUUUGAAUACUUACAUACUAAGAAGUGAUUGGUAUGAUUACGAAUGGGGACUUGAUUAUAUUGAAAGUCUUCAAAUGUUCGACGAUGAUCAAUGUAUGUUAACACGAAUUGUUCGAGAUUUAGCACAAUAUUUUCUAGAUGAAGCAUCCAGGUUACCGGCUGAAGAAGCUCUUAAACAUUUAAAUUGGGCCAAAAAAUUAUAUAUUCAAGCAGACCAAGAACCCUGUCAUAGAUCCUCUCAAUUCACAUCCACAAUACUCAAUUACAUCAAUCAUCAAUUGGAUUAUCUAGAACCUAUUGUGGGAGCAUCAAAUAACGAUUAUGAAGAUGACUAA